CGUCCUGUGAUGUGUGUUGGGCCUCGAGCAAUCGAUCGUCCGCGAAUUUAGAGUUGACAGGGAUUAGCCAGGCCAAGAACACCAGCCACAUGCCGUCAUCGUAUGGCUACCGCGUUUCGAGCAAUUCUUUGGUGGCCGAGCUUCAUCCAAAAAUAAGCAACACGUUCUCAUGCACCUGCGAAUCUUGUGCCUUCAUCACCUGGGAAUGACUUAGAAAUUCUCUCUCGACGACCGUGAUCGGUAGUCACUUCAAUUGACAAUGCGCCUCUUCCUUCUCCCAAUCUCGACACGGCGAACGCUCAUCUAUUGCCAACGCCUGAAUGUCACAACCGCCGAGCAACAAGGACUACUCGACAAGGCCACAAACAGAGCUGCAGCUUUAUGGGCAGGCUGGGAGAAAAAGGAGUCAGGUUGGCAGAGGAAAGUCGUUGAUUAUGGCAACGCGGCCCUGAAGAGGAUACCCUACGAGGAAUGGGGCCUGAAGUCAAUACCACCUCUUUCAGCGCGACGGAAGAAGGAGGAGCUGUCAGGAAAGGAAUUGGUGGAAGUGUCAUUCCCAUCGAGCUUGAUGCCGGAGAAUACAGUCCCAGAAAUCUUGAGGAAGCUAGGCACGGAGAGGCAAAAGCUGCACAGGUCGAGGAUGAUAUAUUGCUUUAUAGGCAUGCCAAUCACUGCUCCUGUUGCUCUUAUACCCGUGAUACCCAAUCUUCCAUUUUUCUACCUUGUGUUUCGAGCAUGGUCUCAUUGGAGAGCACUUUCAGGCUCCAAGCACAUCGAAUUCCUUCUCGAUAAUAAGCUUGUCAAACCAAAACCUUCCCCAAUCCUCGACGAACUAUACGCUUCAGGGAAGCUACGAUUCGACGAUACUUCAAAAAUGACUCCGGAAAAAUCUCCAGAAGACACUGAAGAUCCAAUUGAGGAAAUGGUCCUUCACAAAUCUGAUGGAACUCGCAUCGCAGAGGCUCUAAAGAUUCCCGAGCUAGAUAUUGAGCUUGAUCGUGCCGUAUGGCAAGUAGAGAAGGCAAUUCAAGCCGCGAAGGAAUUGAAAGAAGAGAAGAAAGACAUGGAUGCAGCUACUUCUAAGCCCAGAGAGAAAAAGUAGGUGGAACCUCAGUGUAAUUGUACCAAUUCUGGUAUUUGGUGUACAACAAGCGGAGUCGGCAUAGACGCAUAUAUAGAUGCAUCUCAAUCAAAAUACGAUCACGGACUAGACAAGGCGUGGGUGCUUGAUUCAUUCUAUCCACGUAAUUAGCCGUCUCUUCAUCAAGUGCCAAGGCAUUUACUACCAGCUUCUCUUUUUUCUAUCCGUACGUUUGAAGGGCUAUACGCUUGAUUGAGCAUCUUCAAGCAUUUCCUUAUCGCUUAGCCAUCUAUUCUGUCGCCCCUCACAGCGUUUGC